AUGAAAAAGGCAUACAAGAUACAAUGCUCAGAAGUAUAUACAACAAGAAGAUGGAACAAUUCCCUUAAGAUGUCCGGAGGAGAUAACUCAAUCCAGGAAAUUGCAGCAGGUUUGCGGAGCAAUAAGGCACAGCUUGAAUUAGUUAUUACUCAGUUAAACCAAUUACAGAGACAAAAACUGCUUGCUCAAGUCACGGCAAAGGAAUUAAGCUCUUAUCCUGUUGGUGAUGUUUGGAGAUCAUGUGGAAAAAUGUUCAUCACUCAAGACAAACAGGAGUAUACUGAGCAGCUUACAAAGCAAGAGAAAACUAUCAACGACCAGAUCAAAGCGUUAAUGAUAAAGAAGAACUAUAUUGAAACCACCCUGAACAACGCAAUGGAUGUUUUGAGGAAGUCCGUCCAACAACAGUGA